GGAGGGUUCGGGCGCCGGCGCCGGAGCCGCCGAGGCCAAGUGCCGCUCGUUGAACCCCGACAUGGGAUGCCGCCUGUUCGAGGGGAGCUCAGAGAAGGCUCCACACCCCCCAAGCAGCUGCUGCCGUGACGGCCAGUGAGGAGGGAGCAGCCGGACAAUGUCCGCCGCCACCACCGUGGCUGCCCCAGCGGGCCUGCCGGCCGCCCCCAGCCCUGCCAACCCACCACCACCUGAGGUGUGUAGCGCCGGUAAGCCCGGCCGCAAGACCAACCAGCUGCAGUACAUGCAGAAUGUGGUGGUGAAGACGCUGUGGAAGCACCAGUUUGCCUGGCCCUUCUACCAGCCCGUGGACGCUGUCAAGCUCAACUUGCCGGAUUAUCACAAGAUAAUCAAGAACCCCAUGGACAUGGGCACCAUCAAGAAGAGGCUGGAGAACAGCUACUACUGGAGUGCCAGCGAGUGCAUGCAGGACUUCAACACCAUGUUCACCAACUGUUACAUUUAUAACAAGCCCGCAGAUGACAUCGUGCUGAUGGCCCAGGCCCUGGAGAAGAUCUUCCUGCAGAAGGUGGCCCAAAUGCCUCAGGAGGAAGUGGAGCUGCUGCCCCCGGCUCCCAAGGGCAAAGGCCGGAAACCAGCAGCUGUGACGGUGGCGGCAGCAGCGGCAGCAGGACCCCAGAGCACAGGUCCGCAGCAAGUGGCCGCUGUGCCCUCCGUGUCCCCAGCGACACCCUUUCAGAAUGUGCCCCCCACGGUCUCCCAGACACCUGUCAUCGCUGCCACACCUGUGCCAACCAUCACUGCCACUGCCACGCCGGUGCCAGCACCUGCCACUGCAGCCCCACCACCCCCUACCACGCCUGUCAUCCCUGUGGUCCCGCCCACACCACCCGUCAUCAAGAAAAAGGGUGUUAAGCGGAAAGCAGACACCACCACACCCACCACGGCUGCCAUCACGGCCAGCCGCAGCGAGUCGCCCCCACCGCUGUCAGACCCCAAGCAGGCCAAGGUGGUGGCCCGGCGGGAGAGUGGCGGCCGCCCCAUCAAGCCACCCCGCAAGGACCUGGAGGAGGGUGAGGUGCCGCAACAUGCGGGCAAGAAGGGGAAGCUGCCCGAGCAGCUGCGCCACUGCGACCACAUCCUCCGGGAGCUGCUGUCCAAGAAGCACGCAGCCUACGCCUGGCCCUUCUACAAGCCUGUGGAUGCUGCUGCACUCGAGCUCCACGACUACCAUGACAUCAUCAAGCACCCAAUGGACCUCAGCACUGUCAAGAAGAAGAUGGAUGGCCGCGAGUACCCUGAUGCCCAGGGCUUUGCAGCCGAUAUCCGGCUCAUGUUCUCUAACUGCUACAAGUACAAUCCCCCUGACCAUGAGGUCGUGGCCAUGGCCAGGAAACUACAGGACGUGUUUGAGAUGCGCUUUGCCAAGAUGCCUGAUGAGCCUGCGGAGGUGCCCACGAUACCCGCGCCCACAGCCCCAGCUGGCAACAAAGCUGCCCCUAGCAGCCAUAGCAGCGAGGAGAGCUCAUCGGACUCGGGCAGUUCCGACUCGGAGGAAGAACGGGCCACUCGGCUGGCAGAGCUGCAGGAGCAGCUGAAGGCCGUGCAUGAGCAGCUAGCUGCACUGUCCCAAGCCCCUGUGAACAAGCCAAAGAGGAAGAAGGAGAAGAAGGAGAAGGAGAAGAAGCGGAAGGAUAAAGACAAGGACAAGGAGCGGCACAAGGCCAAGAGCGAGGAGGACAGGAAGGCCCGGCCCGUGCCGCCUGCCCGCCCGGCCCCCCAGAAGAAGGCUCCGGCCAAGAAGGCCAGCAGUUCCACAGCAGCUGGCAGGCAGCCUAAGAAAGGCGGCAAGCAGGCUCCUGGCUCAUAUGCCGCCUCGGAGGAGGAGGAGGACCUACCCAUGAGCUAUGACGAGAAGCGACAGCUGAGUCUGGAUAUCAACCGGCUGCCAGGCGAGAAGCUGGGCCGUGUGGUGCAUAUCAUCCAGGCGCGCGAGCCCUCGCUGCGUGACUCCAACCCCGACGAGAUCGAGAUCGACUUUGAGACGCUCAAACCCACCACGCUGCGUGAGCUGGAGCGCUAUGUCAAGUCCUGCCUGCAGCGGAAGCAGCGGCGGCCACCUUCCACAAGUGGGAAGAAGCAGGCGGCACGGUCCAAGGAGGAGAUGGCCCAGGCCAAGAAGGAGGAGCUGGAGAAGCGGCUACAGGACAUGAGCGGGCAGCUCAACAGGAAGACCCCCAAGAAAGACAAACCGGGCUCCGGGGCCCCAGGUGGUCCAUCCCGCCUCAGCAGCAGCAGCUCUUCCGAGUCCGGCAGUAGCACAUCCAGUGGCUCCAGCUCCGACAGCAGCGAUUCCGAGUGAUGCUGGGCAGACAGCACGGAGGGGGAGGCGCCAGGCUCUUUCUUCGGGUGACACUGCCUGUGGGUCGCCUGGCUAGAUCCACAGUUGCUGGUGUGCCUGGACUGCAUGGAAGGUGGGGGCCCUGUAUCCCUACUUUCCCUCAGACCCCAAUUCACUCAACUCGGCUAGGUGGCAGCACGAUGCAUAGAGGCCCAACGACUGGCUUGACCCCUCCCAGGGGCCUCCUCCACCCCAGUGCUCCCUGUGGGGUUAAAGACAGGUGCUGGCCUCUGGGCAGGAGUCCAGGGGCACCCAAGGGUGGCAGCCCUGGGCUGCUUCCCUCUCACUUGUGGAAGGGUCGCACACAGGUUUCCAGACACUGAAACUCUUACCUCAACUUAAAAAGAAAAAAGAAGAUUCAAAAAAUAAAGACUUUUUUUUGUAAGGUUCACAACUUUUCUACGCACAACCCCAUGCUCUGGAGCCGCCUCCUGACAUCCUGUACAUAGGAGCCUUUAUUUAUUAUCAGCAUUGGUCAUUUUUUUAAAAAAGAAAAAACAAACAAAAAAAAAACCCCACAAAAGAAAUGCAUUGAGGCGGUGGCUGAAGUGGGCGUCCUGGCCGGCUGGUGCUACUUCCCUGCAGCCUGCGCUGUGUCCCACCUGGCUGGGGCCCCGCUGCCUGUUCUGUGUGCAUGCGUGAGUGGGUGUGUGUCCGUGAGUGGGUGUGUGUGUAUGUGUGUGCGUGCGUGCACAUGGCGGUUGCUGCCCUGCGUUGCUUUUAUUUUGUUCUUUCUUACUUAACUCUUGGUGUUUAGGAUUGUUUUCUGGAAACCCGUGUAAGGGACCCCUUCCAUCCCCACCCCAUCCCACUCCUGUUCUAUGGUAUCAACUUUGUAUUCUGAGAGGAAAAACUGUACAGAAUUUGAAGCUGCGGCUUCUAACUUUCUAUUGUAAAAACAAAUGAAACCUAAUAACACAGACUUGACCACGAA